AUGGGGUUUAUUCAGGCAGGAGUGCCCUCGACUAGGCAUAAGAGAGAACGGAAAUUAUCGUACAGUAAACCUGUCUUCUCUAACGUUAACGGUUAUGUGACCAUUAAAAAAUUAAAGUUACCAAAACCUAAAACUGAUCCGCAGGGCAAGGUGCAUCUGAAAUUGCCGACACAUAGUAAGGUUUCUACUCUAGGUGAGCUGCCACCAGAGAUUCUCCAACACAUCUUUGUUCUGGUUGGCAAUGAUGGUUACUAUUCAAUGGUUUACUUGAACUCAUAUUUUCAUAGAGUGUUGAAGCCAACACCUCAUCUGAUAGGGUUGUACUUUAUGCAGAACUACAUGAAGACCGUACACUUGGAGGAUCAUCGGUACCUCAUUGUUAAUGCAAAUAUGUAUAAAAACAAUUUAUUAUUCAGAUUUUUCCUUCGACAUGUGUUUAUGAAAUUUAUGAAUAGUAUUCAUGGCUUUGUCUCCGAAACAGAUUAUACCAAUAACGUUAUUGAGGAGCCACAUACAAAGCUUAAUAUCAAUAACAUGGUGAUUAAAGAUUACGGAGUAUUUUUCGAUUUCCCACUAGAACUGGCUGCUCUAAGCAGAUUUAUUACAAUUGGUAACAUAGAUACAUGCAUCUCAGAUAUUAUAAAUUGGCAUUUUGAAAAAUUCGACUUCACAAAAUUGAGUACAGAUAAGAUCACAAAAGAAAAUAUAAGAUUAAUGUAUUCAAUAAAAAUACUAUUACAAUUGAAAGGGGGAGUCGAUGCACAUGCUUCCAUUGACUCCCCAGAUCCAUUGGUCGUAAUGAUGAACUUAUUGCAAACUCAGUUCAACCUUAAGAUAAGACAGUAUACAGAUGAGCAGACGUUGAAGAAGAAGAAAUCAAAACUAUUGCGAAAAAUGAGAAAAAUUAUAGAGCCAUUCAUCGCAGAAUUUUAUUCUCAUAUAGAUUCAAAAACGCAUCUAUCACAUCCGGAACUAUGGAAUCUAUUACAUAGGAUCGCGGACAUUGCAUUGAUCGAUCUAGUGACUGAUCUUGGUGGUAACCCACAGUAUGACCUGUUUUUUUAA